ACUUUCAGGGUAUUUAAACGGGAAGAUAGUUGUGUGUUGAUCACCUAUAGUUACAGGUAUUUACAACAGGUAGAUCAUUCACGACGUCGUGGUGACAUGAUGACCGCGUAAAGAACAGGCCAUAGUCGGACAGACAAGUUACAGAGGUGGAAUAUAUAACUGGACUGAACUGUAGGACCUUGCUGAUAUCUAAGUGCCAAGUUGAGUGAAAAUUUAUAGUAAUCCACCAUGGAAGAUCCGCGCGUGAAACUGGUGAUUGAUAGAAGUUAUGAAUUCCUGCGACGCCAUCUGGUGGUGACGGUCACCCUGAUCGACCGGUUGUAUGAUGCUGACAUAAUCAACAACUACACACGACACGCCCUCAUCGGCCAAUCCGAUCAAGCACAGAUAGCAACCCUAAUAGGCAUACUGCGCGUGAGAAGCCUAGGGAUGUUCCGGAAGUUCAUCACAAUCCUAAGACUAUGUAACGACGGCUGGAUCGCGGACUCUCUCCUCAACACCCCAAUACAGGAAGCUUGGGGUAAAGGCGCAGGCAGGACUCUCGGAAAGGAAACGAGCAUGCGUGCUUACGUGGAACAGCCAGUGUCUUUAGACAUUACUGGAUUGGCAGAUGCGUAUGUUUGCAAGAGAGAUGCAACGCCAAGUCUACAACACAGACGGGAUGUUGACCUUGUCGAAAAAUACUCCCUAUCUAAACCUUAUAUGUCCGACAUGGAACUUUUACCCUAUCGGUCAUACAUUCCCGCAAUUCCGGCUAGGGUCAACUCCCCGUAUCUGACGUCACAGAUAGUGUCCUCUGAUUACUUCGCACCCGUGCGCCAACCUUUAGCCUACCAGAACAGAUAUGCCUAUGACGAUUUGGCGAGAGUUCCCCGUCACGUAGAGGAGGUUCACAAAACCUUACAGGCCCAGCGCGUGGGGGCAAGCAAGGCCCUGGCGGAUCUGAGACGGGAGGAGUUGGAAAUGAAGAGCGCUCUGGAAUCCAAUGUUCGGGAUCAGAACAAUCUUUAUCACAACCAGCGGCUUUUGUCAGAUCUUGAUCAUCGGCUUCAUCAAAUUGAGACUGACGCUGGUAGAUUGAAGCUCGGCCCCAUCUCGAAUACAAGGGUCAGCUACAAGGUAGAGCCAGUCAUUUCAACGCCGUGGGCUUACAAAACCUAUCGGUACUAAUGUAGACUGGACACAUAGCUUUACAAUCGACAUGUUUUUACCGGUUAUCUCUGCAUUCUGAAUAUGUGUAGCCGACCAAAUAUGUUAACCCCAGUUUCACAAACGUGUCUUUAUCUACAGAAAUCCAUUACUUUGUAUAAUUGGAAAACAUUCAUUUGAUUAAAGAAAGCUUUUUCACUGGAAAACAUUAUUUGUAUAUAAAGUAAUUUUCUUUAACCUUAGAAAUGAUUGCGUUUGAUUUCUUAAAUGAAGAAAAUAUACUGCAACUAACACCAAGGUAAUCUCGAAAUUGUUUCACGGGGAAAUAUUGGUCCAGUUUUUACAGAACUAUUGCUUAAGUUCCAGAAAAUUUUCUUAUCUAUUUGCUUAUAUUACGAUUCUACCUUUCUUUUAUCAGUAAUUUGUUUUGCAGAACUUCAGAAAUAUUUUCCUUUUGGAAAGUCACGAAAAGUUAUUCAUUAACAUUUUAACAUUUCUGAUACUGGGUACAAUAAUCUACUGAUAACCUGUUUAAACAUGUCAUCUUGAUGGUUUUUAAUAGUUUUUUUAUUCCCUGUGGUAUAAAGUAUUUUAACUCUGUAGAUUAGUUAUCUAUAAAGAGUUAGUUGUCUUAUUUAGAGACACGACAAUAGAUGAUCAAACAAUUAAUGUAUAUACUCUAUUUCUUCUACAAUCAAUAUAUAUACAACAUGUAGCAGAUCCACGGCUUUGUCCUUUGACAAGCGUGGUUAGUAAAUUUAUACCAUGACUUAUUGAAAUGGAAUACUCCUCAAAAUACUAUUUUUGUAAUUUAUUUUAUCAUUUUUAAAAUAUGUUAGUAGAUUAAUAGAAAUAAGAAUUCUGCCAUCUCUCAUUCUCAUGAUCAGAUAUAAAACAUGUUAUCAUCUGAAUAUCCCAUAGAUCACGUGACUUACAUAAGAUAUGUUAUUAAUGUAACUUAAUAUCCCAUAGAUCACGUGACUUACAUUAGAUAUGUUAUUAAUGUACCUUAAUAUCCCGUAGAUCACGUGACUUACAUAAGAUAUGUUAUUAAUGUAUCUUAUUAUCCCAUAGAUCACGUGACUUACAUAAGAUAUGUUAUUAAUGUAUCUUAAUAUCCCGUAGAUCACGUGACGUACAUAAGAUAUGUUAUUAAUGUACCUUAAUAUUCCAAAGAUCACGUGACUUACAUAUAUGUAAUAAUCUUUAAAUCCCCACGAUCACGUGACUAACAUAGGAAACAUGUAAUCAUAUUUAUAUACCCUUGAUAAAAUUACUUAUAUAAGAUAUGUAUAAUAGGAUUUUAUGUUUUAUUUCAUGUUAACUGUGCUUGUAUGUAUUCCAAUUGCUAACUGGUAUACAUUUUUAUUAGAAUAUCCGUACUUUUGAGGCAUGAAAGCGACAGUGGCAUAUAUGCUGUGUACCUACACAUAUAUAUAUAGUAUAGCUAGAUAGUAGGGAAUUUCCGUCCGUCAUCAGCUGUGAAUACUGGUCCUCGGCUUGAUCCAUUUAAUCUAUCAACCAAUCGUCAUAUACAUGUAUACUAGUUUACUAACUUUCGGGGAAAUCAGCCUUAAACCCUAAUUUGAACCAGGUUGAAAUGGUUGGAUUUUUAAUAUGUAACUUUGUUAAUAUAAAACUAUAAUUUUACACAAAACAUGUUUUGUUUGAAUAGUUUUGAUAGUUUUGAAGAUUUUAGCCUACAAUUUACAGAAAAUAAGUAGAGUCAAAUGUAUGAUAUUAAUGAUUCAAGAUUUAUUGAGAAUUUGAAUUUAAUUGCAAAACUUACAUUCAGUAUGUUGUUUUUCUUCUAAGUUGUUUGAGGAUAAGAUAUAAUGCCUGACAUAAAGUAAGUAAUGUCUUUACUUCUCAUCCUUACAAUGACACAUGACAAAAUAGCAGACGAAUUGUAUAUCAAGCUACGUUAAAUCAUUUGUUACAACCGAACAGUAUCAGUACCACUUUUCAUGUAUUUCGGAAAACUGUAAUACAUAAGCACAUGUAUCUAGAUCGCUCUUUUAUAUUGACUAGCUUUAAACUUUAAACUAGAAUAGAUUUAUAUCUACCUCAAGCUUGGCCUGAACAUUCCUUCAAUAAUGAUAUAUAUUAUAUAUAUAAGUUCAGGUAAACUCCGUCAACGUUUUUGUUUUAUCAUAAAAGAAUACAGUUUAUAUGAAACAGUUACAAAACACAAGAUGCGCUUGGUAAUCAAUUCAUGAAACAAAAUAUAAAAUAUUGUGGAAAGUAUUUCCAAAUACCACCAAAAGAUCUAAAUAAACAUGAAGUAAGUUUAGUAACAAAAUAAAAAUGGUGUCAUGAACUAAAACAGUUAAAUUGUUCCCAUCUAGAUAUUAAAGAUAAGAUAGUACGAUAUGACAUCUUUCACCUCUAACGACAUAUGGAGUAGCAGCUUCAAAUGUGAACCUUGUCCCGUGUGUGUUAACGAAGCCGCCGAUACACCGUGUCAUCAAUAAAAUCAUAGUACAGGAAAAGUAUGUUGUUUUAGAGUCAUCCUGUUGCUAUACCCUUGUUUGUGAGAUAACUUGUUUGUAAACUUUUGUAUGAUGUUGUUACAUUGUAACAUCCAUAUCCAGUGGGUAUAUAAUGUACAUUGUAAAAUCCAUAUCCAGUGGGUAGAUCAUGUAAUUGUGACAUCCAUAUCCAGUUGGUAUAUCUUGUCUAUGUUAAUCCAUCAUUACCAGUCUUUAAUUGCGAUAACAUUACAUUUGUUACUGUUUUUUCUAAACAACACGUAUUUUGUUAUCUUUUUCCCCUGUAUAAAUAAAGAUUUUCCCUUUAAUUAUAAA